UUGUAUCUUCAGAAUACGGUGGCAUUAUGGGCUGUGUUACUAUCAUCAACAUAUUUUUUACGUUCGGUGAACUUGCAAAGCGAUCUAUCUGCAUGGUCAUCGACAGCAAUGGGCGUUUCGUAUGUUUUUGGUGCAACAACGGGAUUUUUCAUUGUUGAAAGACUACCUAGACGAACACUUAUCUUAAUAUUUGCAACAGUUGGGAAUUUAUUGCUGACAUUGUAUGUGCUAUGCGCUGUAUUGAACCCCUUCUGGGAAUCGACAAAAUACGGUUGUGUGGUUGCAUUCCUGACAUUUGGUUAUGUUUACGGGUAA